GCACAGUUUGCGACUUUUCGCUCAGUUCAAAUAAUUUCAACAAAAUUCAUAGUAGAAUAGACUUCAAAGAUAUUUAGGCGCCGCCUCUUGCCGGCAAUAUGGCCUGGUUUCGUAGAGAUGGGGGCAGCCGUCUUAAUAAAAGCGUACAAAAAGCAACCGAAAACCGUGUCAUCGAGUCGCAGGAACAGCCAGCGGCUCCGGAGCAACAGGAAAGCAAAGAACAACUAAGCAAUGAAUUGGAAACUGAGCAAGCAUCACAAACUCGACUGACCAGGGAAACUGGGACCUUUAGUUCAAGAUUUCAGGGACUGAUUGCACCGGUGUUUAGCUGUUUUAAGGAUGAUGAUCGUCGCUCGCUGGACGUACGUCCGAUCAAUCGUUACGCGGAGUGGCUACAGAGUCAAAUGAUAUCCGGAGUUCUAAUCAAUGGCGUCGUCGGCGAAGGGCCAAUGAUGCGUGUGCGCGAGCGCAAGGCGAACUGCGAGUAUUGGCAGCGUGCCGCCGUUCGCCACAAUCUGAUGAUUAUGGUGCAAGUUGGCGGGGCGCCGUUACCCGACGUCCUCUCGCUGGCCGCGCACGCCGAGGAGAUACGCGUUAGCGGCGUUGUCACAUUGCCAGAGUUGUUCUAUCGGCCGCGCAAUGUGGAUCAAUUGGUGGGCUAUUGCCAGCAUGUGGCGACCCGAUGCCGCACUAGGCCAUUCUUUUAUUAUCACAUGCCUUCGAUGACGGGCGUGGACCUGGACAUGGUUGAAUUCUGCGCCAAGGCUGAGCGCAGCAUAUCCAAUUUUAUGGGCUUGUACUAUGCCAGCGCUGAUCUGGAAAUGGGUCAGCGGUGCCUUCGCUUCGGGCGUGUCGUUAUGCUGGCCUCCACGGCGCUACUAGCCAGCGGGCUAAUGUCCGGCUUUAAUUGCAGCAGUCUGGUCGUUGUCAAUAUCCGACCCGAUCUUGUGCACAAGAUCUGUGAAGCCUUCGAUGACAACGAAUUACAGCUGGCCAGGGACUAUCAAAGGGAGCUGAAUCAGCUUAUUGAGAUACACACACACGACAGCCACAUGGAGAACUGGGUGGUUUCAAUGAAGAACUGGUUUAACAAGGAGUCUACCUCCCGACAAAUCGGAAGCUUCAACGCAGGCCCUGCACGGAUUGUCUUUUAGCCAGCGCCAAAUUUGACCAAACUGUUCAGUAAUUCUUAUAAUGUAUCAAAACUGUCGCAUAAUCUCUAUAAUGUAUAUAAAACUGUUUAUGCUGACUGACUGACGGACGGACUGAUUGAUUAACUGACCCACCGACUGAUUGCUGAUCAACACCGGGAUGCUGCAUUUUUCAACAUUUUUUUUUUCAAUCAACUAUACGGAAUUUUACUAAGAGAAGCAAAGUUAGAAACAAUUUACACAACGGCUUCGUUUACAAUAACUACUUUAAAUAAAUGGCAUUACUUGAUUGAUUCACAUAUAUAAAAA